AGCAAACUGAUCAUCUCCCAUCACGAGAACGGUUCUGGAAGAAUGGAACUGGAAAACCGAACUUCUGUCUAAUGCCACAGAAGCUAAAGCCAGAAGUGCAACUAUUAGCGAGUCCUAAAUGAGAGUUGGCUAUAUAUGCCAUAUCCCUUAAAGAGGGAGAGAGGCUUAUAUUAAAGAUUUGACUUGGUCAACAGGACAAUGUUUGAACAAUUUCUGUUCACCUCACUUUGCUUUGUGUUUCCUAUUAUUGGACAUUCUAAUGAGAAGUUGCCAGCUCCGUCGCCAAACAUUUGCCACACACAUCUCAACAUGACAACCCCUUCCAAGAACCAUUCCCCACAAAACACACACAGACAACAAAUAAACCUUUACCAAGGAAUCCUCCAGGAACCGCCCGUCCGGCCUCUCCCCGAACAGUGGCUCAUUCCAAAGUUCCCUGUCGCAACCCAGCAAUGGCCGCUGUUCGAACCCUCUUCGUGUCGCUCCUCCUGCUCUCGUUCACGACCUCCUCCCUCUCGGGGCCUGAAGAUGACGCCCUCCUCAAGUUCAAGGAGUCCCUGACCAAUGCCGGUGCUCUAGAUUCGUGGGAACCGAACUCGCAAGCUUGCAAUGGCUGGGCUGGGGUCGUAUGCUUCAAUGGGAUCAUCACGGGGCUCCAUCUCUCCGACAUGGGCCUCUCAGGAAAGAUUGAUAUCAGUGCCUUGGAAAGCGUACGUGGCCUCAGGACCAUAAGCUUCGUGAAUAAUUCAUUCUCGGGCCAGAUACCAGAGUUCAAUCAGCUCGGCGCCUUAAAGUCCUUAUUGCUAACGAGAAACCAGUUCUCGGGGGAGAUACCAAUAGACUUCUUCCUGCGUAUGCAGUCCAUAAAGAAGGUGUGGUUAUCGGAAAACAAGUUCUCAGGGAACAUACCUGCCUCGCUGGCACAGCUUCUGAACCUCAUGGAGCUCCACCUCGAAGGGAAUCAGUUCUCUGGUCAGAUCCCUUCAAUCAAGGCAGACAAGCUUGUAUCGGUGGACUUUUCCCGUAACAAACUAACCGGUCCGAUCCCAGCUAGCCUGUCAAAAUUCGGUGCGAACUCUUUUGCUGAGAAUGAUGGGUUAUGCGGAAAACAGGUGGGAAAGGAGUGUUCCAACGUCGAGAACCCGAUGGCCGUGGCAAUACCACAGGAAGCACAAACUGCACCUUCACAGUCCUCCUCGGGAAGUAAGGGUGGGAGUUCAGUGUUCGGAACUAUCGUGUGGAUCGUUGGGGGAAUAUUGGUCGUAGGAAUCGUGCUCAUUGUGCUUUUUUCAUCGAGGCGUCGUGAUGAUGACUUCAGGGUUCUGGAGAAGGAGAAGAUGCACGAGGCAGGACAAGUCAACAUGCCUGUACCGAAGAGCGAGUCAUCAACCAAGAAGGGCAGUGUGUCAAAGAAAGGUUCUCAGAACGGGAAGGGCUCAACUGCUGACCUCGUGAUAGUGAACGACCAGAGGGGUACGUUCGGACUGGCGGACCUGAUGAAGGCUUCUGCAGAGGUGCUUGGAAAUGGGUCCUUGGGAUCAGCCUACAAGGCUGUGAUGGCCAAUGGGGUGUCGGUGGUGGUGAAGAGGAUGAGGGAGAUGAAUGCAUUCACGAAGGAAGGGUUCGAUGCUGAGAUGAGGCGGUUUGGGAAGAUUCGUCACCCGAACAUCCUGACUCCAUUAGCUUACCAUUACAGGAGGGAGGAGAAGCUCUUGGUCUCAGAAUACAUUCCUAAGGGCAGCUUGCUCUAUUUAUUACAUGGUGAUCGUGGAAUUUGUCAUGCCGAGCUCAACUGGCCGAUCCGUUUUAAGAUCAUUCUAGGUGUUGCUCAUGGACUAGGGUUCCUGCAUUCGGAGUUCUCGUCCCACGAUCUGCCCCAUGGCAACCUCAAGUCGAGCAAUGUCCUUUUGAGUGACAACUACGAGCCUCUUCUGAGCGACUAUGCUUUGCACCCUUUAAUGAGCUCCCCUCAGGCUGCUCAGGCGAUGUUCGCCUACAGGGCCCCUGAAUCCUCCCAGGGCGUUUCGCUAAAGUGUGACAUCUACUGCCUCGGGAUCAUUAUCCUAGAGAUCCUAACAGGGAAGUUCCCAUCCCAGUACAUCAGCAACGGCAAGGGCGGGACAGAUGUGGUGCAGUGGGUCCAGUCGGCGAUCUCCGAGCAGAGGGAAGAGGAGAUCAUUGAUCCAGCCAUCAUGACGUCGAGGGACUCAGUGAGCCAGAUGGUGAGGCUCCUCCAUAUAGGGGCCUCGUGCACGGAGAGCAACGCAGAGGACAGGGUCGACUUGAGGGAAGCCAUUAGGAGCAUAGAAGAGCUACAAGUUUGAUGCAACCUUAAUAUCUGCUAGGCAUCAAUGGUAAAAGUAUGAGUCGCCACUUUAGAAUAUAGGAGAGAAGAUCAGGAACGGAAUAUCCUUUUUGACGGCUCAAGCCAUGGCAGCGAACUUAGAAUGGGGUUUUCUGAACACUGAUCGGAUGCGGGGGAUCUCAAGAUUGGGACGGAUUAAUGGAAAUUGGAGAGAUCAUCAGUUCUUUGGCUAGGAAGAUGAACUUUGUGGAGGGGCAGCUAAGUAGGCUAAGAGGGCCUAAUUUGGGCCUUCAAAUUUUUGGUUUUAAUUACAACAGAGAAUAUUAAGGGUCGAAUUGUGUCUGAGAGUCUUCAUAGCAGUUUUGAAACAAAGUCAGUUUUUGUUUUGUGCAAGUCCUUCUGUACAGUAAACUUUCAGUUCUUUCAAUUUUCGUUUCCGGGAUAAGGUCGAAUUAUGUCUGAAUUAUUUGAAAGUAGUA